UUCAGUCAGAGUUCCAAUCUUACUACCCAUCAAAGAAUUCAUACAGGAGAAAAACCAUAUAAUUGCCUGGAGUGUGGGAAAAAUUUCAGUCAGCGCUCCAAUCUUACUUUCCAUCAAAGAAUUCACACAGGGGAGAAACCAUAUAAAUGCCUGCAGUGUGGAAAAAGCUUCAAUUACUGUUCCAGUCUUACUUGCCAUCAAAGAAUUUGCACAGGAGAGAAACCAUAUAAAUGCAUGGAGUGUGAGAAAAACUUCAGUUCCAGUUCUAGUCUUACUUCCCAUCAAAGAAUUCACACAGGGGAGAAACCAUACAAAUGCCUGGAGUGUGGCCGUAGGUUCAGCCAGAGUGGCAUUCUUCAACUGCACCGACGGACCCACACAGGGGAGAAACCUUUUGAAUGCUCAGAGUGUGGAAAGAGAUUCAGUAGGAGUGGCCAUCUUCAACAGCAUCAGAGAACCCACACAGGGGAGAGACCUUUUGAAUGCUCAGAGUGUGGAAAGAGAUUCAGUUACAGUAGCACUCUUCGAAAGCACCAAAGAACCCACACAGGGGAGAGACCUUUUGAAUGCUCAGAGUGUGGAAAGAGAUUCAGUGAGAGUGCCUAUCUGAUAAGUCAUCAGAUAACCCACACAGGGGAGAAACCUUUUGAAUGCGCAGAGUGUGGAAAGACAUUCAGUCAGAGUGGCACUCUUCAACAGCAUCAGAGGACUCACACAGGGGAGAGACCUUUUCAAUGCUCAGAGUGCGGAAAGAGAUUCAGUAGGAGUGGCAAUCUUCAAAGCCAUCAGAGAACCCACACAGGGGAGAAACCUUUUGAAUGCUCAGAGUGCGGAAAGAGAUUCAGUAAAAGUGGCAAUCUUCAAAAGCAUCAGAGAACCCACACAGGGAAGAAACCUUUUAAAUGCUCAGAGUGUGGAAAGAGAUUCAGUGAGAGUGGCACUCUUCAAAGGCAUCAGAGAACCCACACAGAGGAGAGACCUUUUGAAUGCUCAGAGUGUGGAAAGAGAUUCAGUCAGAGUAGCAGUCUUCAGCUGCAUGGAAGAACCCACACAGGAGAAAAGCCUUUUGAAUGCUCAGAGUGUGGGAAGAGAUUCAGUCGGAGUGGCAGUCUUCAACGGCAUCAAAGAACCCACACAGGGGAGAAGCCUUUUGAAUGCUCAGAGUGUGGAAAGAGAUUCAGUCAGAGUAGCAGUCUUCAGCUGCAUGGAAGAACCCACACAGGAGAAAA